AUGGACUAUUCCUACUUGAACCAGGCCUCAUUCGACUCUAGCUGUCUUCAGGGGGCCGGAAUGGACCCUACCGGUCUGAGCAAUAUGCCUUGUUCUUACGGCGAUUUAACUUCUUGUAGUCAAAUGUCUCAGGCCGCGUAUCGCUAUACGGCUGCUGCCGCUUCCAUGGCAAGAACAUACAAUCCGACGGCAGGGGCUCCUAUGGCCGUCCAUCACAGUCCCGCCGGGUCCCAGUGUGCCGUGAUGGGGGCCAGACCGCAUGUUCAGGAUGUGCACAGGGCCGCUGGUAUGUUUCCUUCGUCCAUGAAUUUGCAAGGUGGUUUGCCGUAUAAAGUCUACCCAGGCCAUGACGGCGUUCUUACAGAAAAAAGAAAACAACGAAGAAUUCGAACUACCUUUACAUCCGCCCAACUCAAAGAACUGGAAAGAGCUUUCCAAGAAACGCAUUAUCCCGAUAUUUAUACGAGAGAAGAAAUUGCUAUGAAGAUUGAUCUUACCGAAGCAAGAGUUCAAGUAAGUGAUGAAUAA